CAUCUUCACUUUGAACUCGACCUCAUCACUCCCUGCCUGGCAUCGGCGGAGGACGCAGAAGAUGAACAAGCGAACAUUUGUCGCAGAGCAGGAACGUACAGAAGGACAUACGCAUGUCUUGCUCAUUACGACCGGCAGCGUUGCCUCCAUUAAAGCACCAUUAAUUGUCACUGAGUUGAAGUCCUUUGAGAACGUCAAAGUCGAGGUCGUGUCGACCAAGGCCUCGUUGUCGUUCUUCGACGUAGGCGCGAUAGAACGAGCAGGCGCCAGGGUCUGGCGCGACGAGGAUGAAUGGGCUGCAGACGGAGGAUAUAAGAUCGGUGACCCUAUACUUCACAUAGAGCUGCGACGAUGGGCGGACAUCGUCCUCAUCGCACCCUGUUCAGCGAACACGAUAGCAAAGAUCGCUCACGGCAUUUGCGACAACCUAGCGACUUCUCUGCUCCGCGCACUCGCGCCUACAACGCCUACAUACGUCUUCCCCGCGAUGAACACGCUCAUGUAUGAGCAUCCGCUCACGGGAGAGCACCUCAGAAUCAUUCGAGAGGUCAUAGAAUACCAGGUCGUUGGACCCGUUGGCAAGACACUGGCCUGUGGCGAUGUUGGUGUGGGUGCUAUGGCGGAGUGGAAGGACAUUGUACAAAUUGUGGUGGACGCGUUCCAUCUCACCAAGAAAGUUGAUACGCCCACAUGAGUUGUUCAGCUGACGAGCAGAGAUGUAGUUAGGCAGGGCAUCCAUUUCGUCCGUCUGUAUCGAUACACGAUGCAA